AUGUCCCAACCCUCACAAUCCUCCACCCUCCCCACAACCUCGGCCUCGGCCUCCCCAACCCCCACGGCGACCGGCGACCCAGACUCCUUCUUCAACUUCUCCGCCCCCGUCUCGUGGAUCUUCAUCCCCAUCCUGCUCCUCGCCCUCGUCGCCGCCUCCCUCGCCUGCUUCACCCUCCGCCGUCGCCGCCGCCGCCGCCGCCACGGCACCCUUGGCAACGACCCCGAGACCAACAACCCCGCCGCCGCCGCCCUCGCCCGCGCCCGCGCCCGCGGCCGCCGCACCCGCCCCUGGGGCCCCACCCGCAGCAGCGAAGGCCUCAACGAGCUCGGCGAGGCCCCGCCCGCCUACGAGCCCAAGGCCCGGCCCGGCCAGUCCCUCACCCGCUCGACGACCGACGACGACCAUCACGACGACGACGGCGGCGACGACGACUGUGGUCGCGGCGCCGUCGAGCUGCGCCACCUCGAGCGUGCUGGCGGUGCGUCCUCGCCGACGCAGCCCCGUCCCGUGGCCUCGCUGCACGCCGCUGGCGCUACGACUACGGCUGCUGCCACACCGACGACGACGACGACGACGACGACGACAGACCCCAACCUGCCGCCGCCCGACUAUGAUGCCGUGCAGGCUUCUGGUGGCGCCGCGGGCCCUCCGCCUCUGAUUACGACGCCACUGCCUGCUGUGACGAGGCACUGA